AUGACUCUGACUGAUUGUUGCGAUAGUUAUUACAUUGGAAACAAUGGUCUUUCUCUGUUCAACUUUGCCCCUACAGCCUUCCAGAACUUGCUUUAUCAAGCAGCGGGAGAUUCUGAUAUUCUUCUCUUUGCAGGAAGAUUUCGCUCAGUUGAAAGCAUUGUCCUCCUAUGCAACGGGAUCUCUUUCGCUAUUCAAAUCGUGAUAUUUUUGGUCAUAGGAAGUUUUGCUGAUAUUGGAAACUGGCGUCCCAACAUUCUAAUUGUUCUCUCUGUCAUCGCCUAUGCUAUAGGAUUCGCUUGGCUGGGCGGUCACACCGAAGACAAAUGGCAGAUAGGUGUAGGUCUGUACAUUGUUGGGCUCAUUGCGUAUCAGACUACACUGACGUUUUGGAAAUAG